GGGGGUCAUCCUGCCACGAAAUUGCAUCGUAUUUAAAGGGGAGAAUAUAGAGAGACGCACGCAAAUCUGGUGAUCCGGAUGAACGAACAGUUGAAAAAGUAAAUUACUCGCAGCAGAUUUUUGUCGCGGACAACUUCUCUGGUGCUGAGGAGACAGCUGAAACUAUGGCUUUCUCUAUCUCUCUCAGUCUGCUCUACCUGGGCUUGCUUUGUGGAAGCGAACUGGUGUCUGCACGCGGAUCCGAGCUGUUCGCACCAGAUCCAUCCAGAGGUCCCCAUUUCACUGGCUGCCGAUCCAGAGAGCAGGAGACCUUCCGCUGUUGGUGGAGCGCUGGGACCUUUCAGAACCUCACUGAGCCUGGAGCCCUCAGGGUCUUCUAUCAGACCAAAAAUGCCCUCACUAGUGAGUGGCAGGAGUGUCCUGACUACACGUCCACCGUGGAGAACGAGUGCUACUUCAACAAGACAUUCACACACAUCUGGACCUCCUACUGUGUCCAGCUGCGCUCAAUCCCUCAGAAUAUAACCUACGACGAGGACUGCUUUACAGUGGAAAACAUAGUGCAUCCUGACCCACCAAUUGGACUGAACUGGACUCUACUGAAUGUCAGUCGCUCCGGGUUGCACUUUGAUGUUCUUGUGCGUUGGGCUCCGCCUCCAUCCGCAGAUGUGCAGAUGGGAUGGAUGAGCCUUGUCUACCAGGUUCAGUACCAAGUCAAGAACAUAUCCCACUGGGAGAUGCUGGACCUGGUGAGUGGCACACAGCAGUCUAUCUAUGGCCUGCACACUGACAGACAGUACGAAGUUCGAGUGCGCUGCAAAAUGUCAGCCUUUGAUAACUUUGGCGAAUUCAGUGACAGCAUCAUUGUGCGUGUAGCACAGAUACCAAGCAAAGAAUCCUUGUUCCCAACGACAUUGGUGUUGAUUUUUGGAGUGGUAGGGGCGGUGAUCCUUCUUGUCCUUUUAAUCUUCUCCCAGCAGCAUAGGUUGAUGAUGAUCUUUUUACCACCUAUUCCCGCACCUAAAAUUAAGGGCAUUGACCCAGAGUUGCUUAAGAAUGGAAAGCUCGACCAGCUAAAUUCCUUGCUGAGCAGCCAGGAUAUGUACAAGCCUGACUUGUACCAUCAAGACCCAUGGGUGGAGUUCAUCCAACUAGACCUAGAUGACCCUGCUGAGAAGAACGAGAGUUAUGAUACACAGCAUCUGCUGGGCCUGUCCCACUCGGGCUCCUCUCACGUCCUCCAUUUGAAAAGCAAAAGUGAUUUGGAUCGCACCAGCUGCUACGACCCAGAAAUCCCAGACACUGAGGACUUGCAAACAGCAUCCCUGCUGCAUGGCCAUUCUGGUCGGGGCGAGCACCAUCCUCUGGUUUCCAGGAGCAGCUCAUCCACCCCUAGUCUUCAGCAGACAUCUGAAGGGGUGGAGACACCCAUUCAAACACAACCCACUGCACCAAGCUGGGUUAAUAUGGACUUUUACGCCCUAGUAAGUGAUUUCACACCUGGAGGCGGAGUGGUGCUCUCGCCAGGACAACUGAACAUCUCUCCAGAGAAAAAGAAAGAGGAAGAGGAGAAGAAGAAAAUGGAAGAGGAGAAGAAGAAAGUGGAGAAGAUACAGUUCCAGCUUCUUUCCGAUGGAGCUUACACCUCAGCCACUGAUGUGUCCUCCAGCCUUGCUCCUGAGCAAGGAUACCAAGCAUUCCCACCCCAGGCUGUUGAGGGGAAUCUCGGCUGGAAUGGAGAGUACCUGGCUUCUCCCAGUGAGUCUCAAACACCAGAUCUUCUGCCUGAAGCUCCACCAGUAUCAGACUAUACUGUUGUGCAUGAGGUGGACGCCCAGCACAGUCUGCUUCUGAAUCCCUCUGCCCCACAGCCAGCGGUCUGCUCGUACAGCCCAAACAAACACCUCCCUGCCAUGCCUAUGGGGUACCUCACCCCAGAGCUCCUGAGCAAUCUGACCCAAUGAAAAUUGUCCCUCUUCAGGGAGUAGAAAGUAAUUAGUUGGUGGUCUUGUUCUACCAUUUUUACUGCUGGAAAACAAAGUUACAUGAUGGUGAAACAUGAGAUAGAAGUUCCAUCUCUGUUUUCGUGGAAUUCUGCAAAUGUUUUGAUUUAUGGGUUUUCUCUGCUGUAGGUUACAGUGCGGAUAGAGCUGAAAGUGUUUCUCUUCUAUUAGCGUAUUUUUAAAGGGAUAGCUCAUCUAAAAAUAAAAUUUUGGUCAUCAUUUACUCACCCUCAUGUUGUUCCAAACCCUGUAUGACUUUCUUUCUUCAGUUGAACACAGAAGAUGUUUGGCAAAAUGUUAGUCUCAGUUCCUUUUCAGUUUCUUUUAUACAUACAAUGAAAGUGAGUGAUGACUGAGGCUGUCAAUUCCAUUUUGUGUUUCACGAAAGAAGAAAGUCUUAAAGGUUUGGAAAGACAUGAGGGUGAGUAAAUGAUGACAGAACUGUCAUAUUCAUGUAGUAGUGCCAGAAAGGGUGAGAUCUCAGUGAGAGAGUUUAAAAGUGAAUUGAAAAUCAGAAAUGUCGGCUGGUUCCAUAAAAAAAAAAAAAAAUCAUAAUAAAAAGACUACAGAAAUAUGCUUGCUUUCUCCGUCAGAGAGAAAUGUAAAAAGCUUGAUUAUCUUAUUAAACUGAUACAGCUGUAGCACUACUGUGGCAUUUGGGAUUAAAUAGAUUUUUGCACGAUUUAGAUGAGAUCAAAUCAAACAUAUCUUUAGAUAAAAUUGUUUAUACACAUGUGAAAUAUUCAGCAACCCCAUAUUCUUUUAUAUGGAAUUUGUAGAAAAAGUGUAGAAAAAAAUCCUUUUCUUUGCAUCAUAUUAAGGGUGCUCAAACAAGUUCUGGCCAAGUGGACAAAUGAUGCUUCAACCAGACAUGAGUCAUCCCUUGCACGGCACAAUAUUUUUCUCAGACUCGAAUCUCUGCACAGCCUUGAUCUUGUUACUGGAAAAUGCUUUCCCAGAUUUAUGGGAGCCAUUUUAAACACUACAACGACCCUGCAGAUAUUAUCUUUGCCAUAGCCAGAUUGGUUAACCCUGCAAUCUCUCAAUCUUUUUCAAUAUGCAUCAAGGAAACUAAAAUUUGUGGGUUAGAUGUGAACAUUAGCAUCUUUUGCAAAUAAUGAGACAAGUGUUUGUAAUGAUAUUAGCCUUCUGUAAAGAGAUGGUUUAUCCAUAAUUGAAAAUUCUGUCAUCAUUUACUCACCCUGAUGUUGUUUAAAACCUGUAUGGCUUUCUUUCUUCAGUGGGAACUCAAAAGAUUUAUUUCCACACAAUGAAAGUAAAUGGUGACUGAUCAUUUACUGAGGCUAACAUCUCCUUUUAUGUUCUGUCGAAGAAAGAACUCAUAUGGAUUUGGAACAACAUGAGGGUGAGUAAAUGAUGACAAAAUUUUCAUUUAUGGGUAAACUAUACCUUUAUCUAGAUAGGUUUUUUUCUCUAUUUGUCUUGAAGACUCUUGUUCUGCUUGUUCAAAGUGUGAGCAAAUAACUCUUUAUUUGUAUUAAUAUAUCCAGGGAAAAUAAUGAAAUGUCAAAGUGCUUAUAGAUGCUAGCCUUUGCUGUGCAAUGAAAACUGUAUGGCAGAUUUACUUAUAUGUUGCCUUUGUAAAUGUAGCAGUUUUAUAUUGAUGAAAACAGUUCUCUUACACUAUAAAUCUGUACAUACAGUACAUUUACAAUGGGAGUUACAUUGUGGAAAGCUGGGAAGUGACAAUUCAUUUUACUGGACUAGGAUUAUUAGAUUGCCAAAUGAGGCUAUAAUUCUUGCCUGGACAAUUAGUUCAGUGACCUCGUCUAAAAAAAACAGCAUAUUUUUGGGCACCACAGCCUACGCAUGGGGUAAAGCUGCUUUUAACUUUAGUUUGUUUUAUGAAAUCAUGCAUUAAUAUAAGGAAUAAUAACUGGAGAGUAAAAAACACUAUUAUUUUUAUUUAAAAUCAUAGACUGUUAUAAUUAUACUUUUCUUAUUAACAGUCACAUAUUACAAGCCAAGCUGAUUGAUAUAUCACAAAUGUAAUUCCAUACUGUUAAAAAGUUUGUACAAAAAAAAAAAAAAAAAAAAGAGUUUUGCUUGUUACAUUGUAUAGAUAAGCUUAUUUUGAGCACUUUUGUGACUGUUUUACAUGUUCUCUGUUUUUAGAGAAACACAAUGGAGGUAAAUAAUGAUGAGGAAGGAACCUUUGGACCACAAACUUAAUUGGUCCUGGGCAGUGUUGGGUGUAAUGCAUUACUGAUUAUUUAAUUACUGUAAUUAAAUUAGUUUUUCAUUGAAAAAAGUAAAGUAAGGGAUUACUCUUAAAAUUAAUUUUUCAGUAUUUAAUUACAGUUACUUCUGAUGUAAUUGUGUUAAAUACUGUAUAGACUAUAGAACAAUUCUAUAUAAAACAAUGGUGAAUUUAAAAUAGAAUUUUAACGUCUAAUGUUAAAAUGUAUGUUUUCUCAUUUAAUGCAGCCCCCUUAAAUUCUUUGGCUAGUUCAUGAAUAAUUUAUUUGAUUUUAUAUGAUUUAUUUGAAAGAAUCAAAAAAACAAUUUCAUGUCUAUCCUUGUAUUUUUCAUCUGGUCGAGGUUGAUAAGGGUUUUAGAAAGUAAUUAGUAAUAAGUAAUGCAGUUACUUUUCAGACAGAGUAAUUAGUACAGUAAUCUAAUUACACUGUAUAAGAUGUAAUUAGUAGUUAGUUAUUAAUCUUUUAGAGUAACUUACCCAACUCUGGUCCUGGGUUUUCCUAUGAUGCUUGAAUACUAGGUCCUACAUUGUUUUAGGUGUCUGUUGUAGCUACAGUGCCUUCCAAAAGUGUUUGGCACACACAACACUUUUUAAAAAGUUUUUAAAUUACUUACAGGCCCAGAGAGUAUUCAGACUUCAGGGAACACAAAUCUUUACACAAAGAUUCACUCUUAAAGGAAUAGUUCACCCAAAAAUUAUUAUUCUCUCAUCAUUUCCUCACCCUUAUGUCAUCUCCAAGUCGCAUGACUUUCUUUUAAAUUUUAAUAGAGAUAUGAUGUCUGGUUGUCUAUGCAGUGCAAGUGAAUGGUAACCAAAGUUUUAAGCUCCACAAACCACUCCACUCCAGUGGUUUAAUCCAUGUCUUCUGAAGCAGUCUAAUCUAUUUUGGGUGAGAACAGACCAAAAUGUAACUCUUUUUUCACUUUUCAGCUUGCUGUUGCUGUUUCUAGGCACCGUCAUGAUUUCAAGCUUGUAAGAAGACUGCUGAUGUCAAGAUUUAUGGUGAAAAAUGAGUUAUAUUUUGUUCUGUUCUCACCCAAAAUUGGUUGGAUCGCUUCAGGAGACAUGGAUUAAACCACUGGAGUCUUAUGGAUUACUUUUAUGCUGCCUUUUUGUCCUAUUUGGAGAUUUAAAUUUGGUCACCAUUCUCAUGCAUAGUAUGGACAAACAGACAUCAUAUCUCCAUUAAUAUAUCGUCGUUUGUGUUCCACGGAAGAAAGAAAGCCAUACAAGUUUGAGAUGACAUAAGGGUGAGGAAAUGAUUAGAGAAUAUUUUUUGGGUGAACUAUUCCUUUAAAUAUCCAAAUGAAAUGGCUAAACAAGUUUUCUAUCCUGUGCUAACACAUUUACUAUUUAAACAGGAAGUUUGGGUGGGACAUAUAUUAUGGGAUCAUCCUCAUGUUUUUAAAUAGCCAAUAAGCUUUAGUUACGUCACAGCCAUGAACCAUGAUUUGCUACUUGCUACUUGCUAGUCGGUUGCAGUUGGUAUUAGGGGGAGGGACAUUCUCAUUCUAGAAAGAAUUUGAAUGGACAAAAAUCUGUGUAGUGCAGGAUGAGUCAUCAAUAUUUUGGGGUCCAUUCUGGUCCCAGGGAUAGACUUCAAAAUGUAAAAGUGUAGCUUUUUUUGUUAUUUUAAAAAACUGCUGAAUGUUUAUUUUGUCAACUUUUAUGAGUACAGUAGCGUAGAGAUGGCUUCCAAGCUAGUAGACAUGGACUAAAAGCUACAAAAUUCACUUUAAUAUUAGGUUGCACACAGUAACUGAAGUUUUUGGCUCUCUGAAAUGUGCUAUUUACAGACAUCGCAGAACAUGGCUGAUUUUCUCUGUAGAUGUUCUGCCAGAUCUGUACAGAUGCCAUGUGUAAAACCUGCUUGUUAAGGGCAGACUUUGUGGUCAGUUUUUUCCUUAGUAUGUGAAAGGUCUAAAAUGUGCUGUUUUUUUUAGACUGCACAUAGGGUAGGAUGUGCUUUAGUUGAAGCUGACUGUCCACACAUUAGUUAUGGAAUUACUUUAUCAUCUCAAAUCCACAAUUUUGUUUGCUUCCUUAAAUUUUUUACAUUUCUUUUGGAGGGCAAUGUACUGUAUGUGUUUUCAAAAUAACAGCUCAGGCCAAUCAAGUGCUAUUGUUUGAUUUAAUAAUUUAUUUUUACUGCUUGUGUGUUCUAUUGUUCUGCAGUAGAAUGAAGUUGGAUUAUUUUAUAAAUGUGAUGCUAAGCCUUCAUUAUUGUGCAAACACGCAGGUACGCCUAAGACAAAUGGGACCAAAUACUGUUAGAACAAUGAGCCAAAAUGAUGCUUAAGCUCACAUUGGAGAUACAUUGUGAUGUUUAGAGGAAAAAAAAUGUUGUAUGGUACAGUUUGCUUUAAAGGAGAAAGUAAGAUUGUUCUUAAUUUGAACUUGAGCUGGAAAAAAAAUAUCAGAUAUAGUUUUAUUGAAAUAAGAUAUUAUUAUAUGGA